CUCCCCGUACAGCUUGAUGAAGAAAUACUUCACCAUGGUUGUACGUAGUCUUCUUCACAAAUCGAGGGGUACACCUUGGCUGCGUGAGAAAGUAAAACAUGACAAGAUGAUCUUGACGGUCUACCUGAGCAACAAUGAACAAGUGUUGACAGAAGUGCCAAUCACACCCGAGACAUCGUGCCGAGAUGUGGUGGAGUUCUGCAAGGAGCCAGGGGAGACGGCCUGCCACCUCGCUGAGGUGUGGAGAGGAAAUGAGCGGGCACUACCCCUUGACCAUAUGAUGUAUGAACACCUCCAGAAAUGGGGCCCUCGGAGGCAAGAAGUGAAAUUUUUCUUACGUCAUGAGGAAUCGCCCUCAGAGAACACAGAACAAGGUGGCCAGCAGACUCAAGAGCAGACCAGCAAGAGGAAUGGAGUGAACAGUACAGGAGAGAAGCACUGUGAAAAUGGGGUUGCCAAUCCUCGUGUGGAACUGACCUUGUCAGAGCUGCAGGAAAUGGCAGCAAGGCAGCAGCAGCAGAUUGAAGCUCAGCAGCAGAUGCUCGUGGCCAAGGAGCAGCGUCUGCGAUACCUGAAGCAACAGGAGCGAAGACAGCAGCAGUCAAUCUCCGAGAACGAGAAGCUACAGAAGCUGAAAGAACGUGUGGAAAGUCAGGAGGCCAAGCUGAAAAAGAUCAGAGCAAUGAGAGGACAAGUGGAUUAUAGCAAAGUAAUGAAUGGAAAUCUUUCUGCUGAAAUUGAACACAUCAACGCCAUGUUUCAGGAGAAGCAGCAUGAACUACAGGCUGCAGUGUUGAAAGUGGACCAGCUAACCCAGCAACUGGAAGAUCUGCGCAAAGGGAAGCUGAAUGGUUUCCAGACAUUCAGUGGGCAGGUCACUGGAGCUGCUGCACUAGAGCUGAAGAAGCUGUACCAGGAGCUGCAGAUACGCAACAAACUAAACCAAGAACAGAAUGCCAAGCUGCAGCAGCAGAAGGAGCUUCUAAACAAGCGCAACAUGGAAGUAUCCACAAUGGACAAGCGCAUCAAUGAGCUGCGGCGUCUCUACAAGAAAAAAGCUGAGGCACGUCAAAAAGAAAACAUCCCUUUGAAUCGCAUUAAUGGAUCGCUGUCACCUCAGCCCGCUCCUGCUAACACUGGGCGAGUGGCAGCUGUUGGACCUUACAUCCAAGUUCCUGCACCAGGCCGAUCAGAAGGCACCUAUCCAGUCCCAGGCGAACCUGUGAAGCCACAGUCUCUUAGUGUGUCUGGCACCUUGGGUCACGCCAGGUCCAAGUCGGAGACGGAAGGCCGGUGUUUGAAAAAAUCUCCAGCCACCUGGAAGAUUUCUGAUUUAGACAUCCUAGUGGAUCCCGUCUCACCGCCUCCAGAUCCCAGAUAUACCCACUUGGCAUCCUUUCUGUCUGACACACAGUCCCCAAAUGAUGCUUCCUGGCCCACUCUUACCAAGCAAGGAACAGGCACCACCGUUAAGGCUGCAGGAAGUGAGUGGAAGGAGAGUAGCAUGGAUAUGCCUGCAAAAGCAGGAGCUGUGCAGAGCCCCUCAGCGCCCCCUGGUGGAGACAAGAGUCACGACCCUAGCAAGGCACCUCCUUCUGCUCCCAGUGCACCAAAGCAGGUGCCCCAUAACUACGGCACCUACCCCAGCCCGGUGCUUAUGGGGGCUGGCUCUACUAGUUCCCUGGAGCGACGAAAAGAUAGCAGUCUGCCGAGACAGAGUUCAAACCCAGCCAGCUGGCAGCGACCUCUUCCCCCAGCACCACCUGGCUCAUCCCAACAAAUUCAGCAGAGAAUCCCUGUCCCCCCAAGCCCCACCUACCAGCCACAUAGUAGCCCCUUAUUCCCCCCGGGGGAGAGCAGGGUGGACCCACCACUUGCUGUGGCUGUUCGCCCGUUUCUCACUGAUAAGGGGUCCCGCCCCCAGUCGCCAAGGAAAGGUCCGCAGACAGUGAACUCCAGCUCCAUCUACUCCAUGUACCUGCAGCAAGCCACCCCGCCAAAGAGCUACCAGACUGCCUACAGCACCCUGAACAAAACAUCUACGGUUAAAGCAGUUUACGGGAAGCCGGUAUUGGCAUCCAGCUCCACUACGUCAUCACCUCUGCCCUUCGUGCAGGGCCAGCCUUGUCCUUCAGCACCACCGAGUCUGGAGGACACCAGUGAGCGGGAGCCGGACUCUGAGAAUUUACCUGCUCCACCUACUGACAACCCUGCUGUGGAGAAUAUCCCCCGACCACUCAGCCCCACCAAGCUCACACCCAUUGUGCAUUCGCCCCUCCGCUACCAGAGCGAUGCUGAUCUGGAAGCCCUGCGCAAGAAACUAGCUAAUGCACCACGGCCACUGAAGAAGCGCAGUUCCAUUACCGAACCGGAAGGUCCAAGUGGUCCUAACAUUCAGAAGCUUCUCUACCAGCGUUUUAAUACGUUGGCUGGAGGCAUGGAAAGUGUUGGGGGAGGAACCCCCUUCUACCAGCCCACCAACCCACCUGAUUACAUUGGUGGUGUGCUGGCUGACAUGGACAAUGGCAACACUAAUGGGAACUUGGCAGAACCCAUGCCCAUCUCUCUCUCCUCUCCUGGAAAGAUAGACUCCCCUGCAGUGCCUGACCUCCAGGCAACCACACCAGAUGCAAAUGACAAUCGGCCACCUUCACCCACCCAGGAAGUGACCACGGAAGAUAGCAAUCAGCCUACUGAGACGAGCCAGGAUAACAACAACAACAACCCCUCGCUGGCACCAGCAUUCACUGAAGGGCUGCCAAGUCCCAUUGCUGAAGUCAGCUCACCAGAGGAGGUGGAGGCCCCGGUCCAGCCUUCAGUCAAGAGGACAAACUUGAAAAAGCCCAAUUCUGAGCGAACAGGUCACGGGCUGAGGGUAAAAUUCAACCCGCUGGCUCUUCUCCUGGACGCAUCGUUGGAGGGGGAGUUUGACUUGGUGCAGAGAAUCAUCUAUGAGGUUGACAAUCCCAGCACUCCCAAUGAUGAAGGCAUCACCCCGCUUCACAACGCUGUGUGUGCUGGCCACCACCACAUUGUCAAAUUCCUACUGGACUUCGGAGUGAACGUCAAUGCAGCUGACAGUGAUGGAUGGACCCCGCUUCACUGUGCUGCCUCCUGCAACAGCGUCCACCUCUGCAAACUGCUGGUCGAAUCUGGAGCAGCCAUCUUUGCUUCAACCAUCAGCGAUGUGGAGACAGCCGCAGACAAGUGUGAGGAGAUGGAGGAAGGCUACAUCCAGUGUUCCCAGUUCCUAUAUGGUGUGCAGGAGAAGAUGGGUGUCAUGAACAAAGGCAUGGUGUACGCGCUGUGGGAUUUCGAGGCCCAGAACAAUGAUGAACUCUCUUUCCGAGAAGGUGAUGCCAUCACGAUCUUGAGGCGAAAAGAUGACGUAGAGACAGAGUGGUGGUGGGGGCGCCUUAAUGACAAGGAGGGCUACGUCCCCCGUAACCUUUUGGGGCUUUAUCCCCGAAUUAAACCUCGCCAACGAUCCCUGGCAUGAGCACCUGCUGCUGUUGGAAUCCUGGAAAGAGAACUGGAAUGGCACCAGGCUGACACUGGAAAUUCUUCUCAAACUGGUGCUCCUUUCUUUUUCUCCCUAUCUCCUCCUCCUCUUUCUCUCUCCCUGACAGACAAUCUCAUCACAAAACCUUUGGUAAAGUUCACACUCUUCUCAGUGCACUGGGAUUCUGCGUCAUCCUGUCUCCCUGAAACACAGGGGCUGUUCUGGAUAGUAACUCUGAAAAAUCUGGGGGAUAUUUUAGACAUAGAAAGUAGUGGAGAGACAGUGGGGUGAGGUAGCCCGGUAUGAAGCAUGUAGGACACCUGCUGUGUUGUGUUGUGUUUAAGUCAGGGGUUGGGGAGGGCGGCCGACCGAGUGGCCACAGGCAAGUAUGGCAACGGCAUUUAGGUAAGUCUCGAGUGAAAGAUGUGAAGUAAAGCACUGGAGGCCACGUAGAGAGCACACGGGCCUCAGGGUAGCGAGGGGUAACGAAAGAGUCGAACGCUUAUCCAGAUGGAGCUUCUGUGUUCCUUAAUCUCUCGUCGUCAGGGGUCUGAUGCAAUAACUAUUUCAUCCUUGAGGGUCAUGCACAUGCUUCUAUUGACUGCUUUUGUACAAGAACUAUUGUAAAGCUAUUUUCCACAAGAGUUAUUCCCCUACAUAAUUUAAAAAGAAACAAAACAAAAAGAUGCAAUUGUAUGUUCCGUAGCAGCCGCUGGCUUCAUGUUUCAAGUAUUGUGUCAUUCUUACCCAUCUGAGCAAUGCCGUAAAGAGCUUAUCCACUGUGAAGUAAACCUGUAAAUAUCAUUCUGUCAGAGGUGAAGAGAUGUUUAUUGGCGUAUGAAAAUGUAUCUCUGCUGCAGUUAUGUAUAGCAAACACAGAAACUUGACUAACACCAAGUGUAAUGUAAAUGUGCACAAUUAAACGAUGCCUUGGCAUGAA